AUCAAUCAACUGAAUCAAGCAGUUUGUUUUUAGUCGUUGUGCGGGAGCUAUGUACGAAUUUCAAUAAUUUAUUCGAUGUUUACGUAGGAACAUAAUGUAAUAUUUUUAGAGAUCUGAUAUUGAAAAUAAAUAAAGAUUAAACAUGAGCGAUGAAAAACAGCCCCUCCUCACAGGGCCUAGUAUUUUAAUUGAUAACCCAGAGAAUCAAGUCGUAGAAUUAGUGACCAGUAGUCCCACGGGACCAACUAAAGAUGAAAAAAAUAAAAAGGAAUACAAUCCAGCUUCAGAGCGGUAUUUAGAACAUCCGACCUCUAAUUUCGAUACUCUGAUCCAUCUACUGAAAGGUAAUAUUGGAACGGGGAUAUUGGCGAUGCCCGAUGCGUUUAAAAAUGCUGGACUUUUUUUGGGUGUUUUUGGUACUUUAUGCAUGGGAGCUAUUUGCACCCAUUGCAUGCAUAUGUUGGUACUUUGUUCCCAUGAACUCUGUGUGCGUAACCAAAGACCAGCAAUGAGUUUUGCUGAAGUUGUAGAAGAUGCAUUUGCUAUGGGACCUGUACCUUUGAGAAAAUACGCAAAAAAUAUUAGGAACAUUGUCAAUGUGUUUCUUGUAAUAACUCAAUUGGGAUUUUGCUGUGUGUACUUUCUGUUUGUGGCAACUAACCUUCAAGACACUAUGCACUUUUUCCAUAUAAAUAUGGGUGUCCACAGCUACUUAGCCUUAUUAUUUCCGCCGAUGCUAGCGUUGGGUAUGGUGAAGAAUCUAAAAUACUUGACACCGGUUUCUCUAAUAGCUGCUAUUAUGACCGCUUGGGGCUUGGUGAUUACCUUCUACUAUAUAUUGCAAGAUUUACCCCACACCAGUACUGUGAGGGCAUUUGCGAGUUGGCAUCAAUUACCACUCUACUUUGGAACAGCCAUUUAUGCAUUUGAGGGAAUCGGGGUGGUAUUACCUCUAGAGAACAACAUGAAAACACCGCAAGAUUUCGGCGGGUGGACAGGUGUUUUGAACACUGGUAUGGUGAUUGUAGCAGCUCUGUAUACAGCGAUAGGCUUCUUCGGAUAUCUCAAGUAUGGGAAUCAUGUCCUUGGGAGUAUUACUCUCAAUUUACCGAAUGAACCAUUAGCGCAAAGCGUACGAGCUAUGAUGGCGAUGGCUAUAUUCCUAUCAUACGGCCUUCAGUUUUACGUGCCGAUGAAUAUAGUGUGGCCUUUUGUCAAAUCGAAACUCACAUCGGAAAAGGCUCUCGCGUACGGCGAAGCGAUAACAAGAUUCAUAUUGAUUUCGUUGACUUUUAUAGCAGCUGCGUUGAUACCGAAUUUAAGCGGUAUUAUAUCUCUCGUAGGAGCAUUUAGCAGUUCAGCCCUUGCUCUUAUAUUCCCGCCAAUAAUCGAUAUUAUCACAUUCUGGCCCGACCGACUCGGAAAAUAUGACUGGAAAAUGUGGAAGGAUGUCGCCAUUAUCAUUUUCGGUAUAACCGGAUUUGUGUUCGGUACAUACGCGAGUAUAGGAAAUAUUUUAUCGCUUCCGUAAUGUGGCGUAUACCAAAGUUUAACCAUGACAAUAAAUUCUUUGAGAAUUAUAUUUAUUAUUAGACUAUAGGCAUUGACAAAUCGAUUAGGCUAUACCUUAGAUAAGCGCUUGAAGUAUUAUUGAAAAUUUAGAGAUUUAUGUUCCUGAAGUUUGACAAUAUAAUUUUGGAGGACAUCGCUGCAUUUAUGCGUACAUUUAUUUUGAUAUACAGUUUUGUAUCUGUGUAUUCCGAUUUUGAUAUAAUUGUAAGUUAUGUGUACAAUGUGUGUUGUGUAUAGAGGACGUGUAUUAAUCUAGUACAAUUUUUUUGUUAGAAAAAUUUAGGACUAAAAAUGCCUUUCCUUGACUUUGAUCUUUAAAACAUAAAACCGUAAAUUCUCGGUAUUGAAAAAACCAGUAGUAUUCUAAUACAGUAUGACAGUCAAUUUAAAAGAAAACUCUUUGUUCCAUAAUCCAAU